AUGAUAGAUCCUUAUGAAAGUGCUUCAAAGAUGAGCAAAAAAAAGAGAAAAUAAAUGGAAGAAAUUUACAACUAUAUUCCUGAAGAUUACUCUUCUAGUAAAAAGAGAUUUAUUGAGUUUCAACAGGAUUAAGAAAUUUAAAAACUUGGAGUGAUAUCAUAGUAGGAUUAAAAUGACAAAAUUAUUGAAAACAAAAAAUAGAGCUUAUAAUAAUAAUUAAAUAGUGUCUAGGCUAUUCCUGUUUAACCUGUUUAAUCUUAUUAUGAGAAAGUAUACUUGAGCUCUGAGAAGAAAAGAAGGAAUUUAGAGGAAGGAGAAGUCCAACCUGGAAGUAGUAAAAAGAAGAAUAAAAGACAAAAAAGAAAAGCACUUAAAGAUAAACUAUAAAAUAUAUCAAAGUAGCUACACUUAAGCUUUCAUUCCAAAAUGAAUAAUUUAUAAUAAUCUACAGAAAUUGAAAAUAAAAAUGAUUAAAAAGAUAUUUUAUUUACUUGCUAAAACUCACAAGGAAAUAAUAGUUAUGCAGAAUACUUAAAAAAUAAACAAAAUAACUUUUAAAACAUUACACCAUAAAUGGUUUAGUAAGUACCAAAAGGAUGGUUCGAUAGCAAGUUAGAUGAAAAAAUUGAAGAAAAAUUUAAAUCAAUGAUGAAAGAUCACAAUAUGAGUUAAUAUGACUAGAAAAAAUAGUAUAUAAAUGAACCAUUUCCUGAAGUACUUACUCCUAAUGAACAAUUGGAACUUCUAAAAAUUUGGAGAUAAAGAAAUUUUAUGGAUAUGAAUACAUGGAUAUAAAAGUCAGGUGCAAAACUUUCAAUUACUUAUUAAAAUGAUUGUUAAGACGAUGCAAAGUCAAGCAAAAAAAAAUAAAUUUUUCAUUGCUUUAUGAAUUUAAAAUUCGAUUUAGAAGAAAUAGAAUUAGAGAUGUAGAAACAUACUGCAUAAUAUGAAAAUUCUAUGUUAUCUAUUAAGACAUAGGAAGAGUACUUUAAUAAUAAAAAUCAUAAUAUUCAAUUACUUCGCAAACUACUAAAUUAAAAUAUUACAGUCUAGGUGUCUUCUUUUGCAGAAAAUAAAAAAGAAGCAAAGAAGCGUGCAUUUGAAAAUCUUUUUAAAGAAAUUGCUGGCAGAAACCUUCUUUGUUUAGGGAUAAGAUAUAAAAGCUAUCUUGAUUAUGUUUUAACUUUUUAAGAUGUUCCUAACAAUUCAAAUCUUUUUCAUGACUUAUAUAGAUAGCAAGUUAGUGAGGAUGCAAAAAAAGAUUUAUUAACAAACUAAGAUAAAAUAGAUCAUAAAUUGCAUAAAUAUUCUAAGAAAAUCUAAAUUUUUAUAUAAAAAGAUAUGUUUGAAGAAGCAUGCAAAUAAUUGCAAAAAAUUAGUGAAUUUGGGAAAAUAGAGUGGAGAUGGGUCGGCUUUUUAUGGGCAUAUUGCAUUAAAAGGAAAAAACCUGCUGAAUUAAAAUAUUUAAUUGAUAUUAUGUAAUCAAGAUAACUCAAAAAGCAAGAAAGUGAAGAAGAAUAUUAUGAAGAAAUCAAAGUUAAAUAUCAUAACUAGAAUGAACCGAUUAUGAUAGGUGGUGAAAUUAUUUUUACAGACUCAAAUUAAUUAGUGAGAGAAAGUGUAAAUAGAAUUUUGAGAUAAUAGUAUAGAGAUGUCGUAAGAUUUUAAAGCGAAAACCCAUUUGAUUAUUACGAUAAAUUCAAUUUGGAAGUAAGUGAUGAACAAAUGCCUUCUUAAAAUAUGGUGGUAGAUAUCCCAGAGCCUAUACCAAGAAUUUUCAACGAAAAUCUAAAUGAAGUAUUAUAGUAAUCAUACUCUAUUCCUAUUAAAUCAAACAAACCUAUGUAUAAUUAUUAUCAUCACCUUACCUUUGCUGGUUCUUAUAUGAGUUAACCUUCAAAUUAGUAUUAAUUGUAGUAAUAGUAAAAGAUGAGCCUUGAGCACUUAAGUAAAAUGAAAGGUAGUUAGCCAUUUGACCUUUUAGCAGAAAAAAAGGAUCCAUUCACAAAUUAUCUAUCCAUAGAUAUGUUAAAUUAAAUGUAUGAAACUCUUAUUUAUACAUCAUCUGAUCCAGAGUUUGCUCUUCAGGUUUGUGAAAUAAUCUACAAAUUUGGAAAGAUAGACAUAGAGUAAUUUAUCAACUCUAGUUGUGCUUAUUAUUUCGCAAAUAAGAAACUUUAGAUCGUUUAGGAAAUGAUUGAAAUUAUUUCAAAUACAAUUUAUACAAAUAAAAGUAUGAAAUCAAAAUAGCAUUAAUACUCUCAGUACAUCACUAAUAUUAAAGGUAGUAUUAAAGAAAUUGGAACUCUCUAUGAAAAAGAUGUCUUUAUAUUCUCUCCUAAGGAAAAUGCAGGCAUAUUAGAAAAAAAAUUACUUAAGAGAAAUUAAUCAGAUGGUACAAUCUAUCACCAUCAAAUUUGUGAAGAUGAAAUGGUGGUUUUAUCAUGCUUUUUCAAGCCUUCUUAUGAUAAACCAUUCAUGAAAGCGACUGGUGAUAAGCUAAUAGAUUACUUUAAUGCAAAUAGUAGGAGAAAGGAUGGAACUCUGGUUGGAGAUGAAGAAUAGCCUUAAAUAAUUGAAAACGGCAAAAGUAAAAUUUAAGUUCAAAUUAGUGACGAGGAAUAUUCAUACAGUAAGGCAUAUGUUGAUUCAAUAACUGAGUAUGGAAAUAAAGUUGAGUAUUCAGUUAUAGCAUAUGUAAAGGAAAUAUAAAAAGAUUUGUGUAUGAAACUCUACAUUUUAAAUCCAGAUCACAAAAUUCUUAGCGAAUAAAGAACUUGGAAAAUCACAAAAAUAUGCAACCUUGGACUUUAUGAAAGAUAUAAUGAUAGUUUGUUAAAAACCGUUACAAAAAGUGAUUCUAUGUCAAGUACUUUAAAUAGAGUUUUGACAGCACCACCACUGAGCAAUAUAUAUCAUCUCAGAUCUCUUGCAGAAACAAUUGUAGACAAAGAAAUGCCUAUACAAAAUAAAGAUUUAAAUCCUUCUCAAUAUCAAGCUCUUCUGGCUGCUCAUAGACAAAGUUUGUCUUUAAUUCAAGCUCCUAAUGGUAGUGGAAAGAUGAGAGUACUAAAAAGAUUAAUAAUGUUGUGGGCUCAGUAAAAUAGCAAACUCAAAAUAUUACUUUGUGUACAUUCUACAGAAAGAAUGAGAUAGGUUUAUCAUGCUUUGAGAUCUUGUGAUAUAAAUGCGAUUGAGGUAUCAGAGAAGCAAACAACUAAAAUAGAGUUUACAGGACUUAAAACGUCUGUACCUGAUUACGAGAAAACCCAUAAUUCUAUGCCUAGAUAUUAUCAUUCUCUUAAAAAAGCUCUUUUAGGAGCUUAAGUAGUAAUUACUAAUUGUAGCAGUGCUAAUUUUUCUGUUUUGAAAGGAAUUUAUUUCUAAAAAGUUAUAAUACUUGAUGCAGAAAAUGUAUCAGAAAUAGCUUGCCUUGAAGCGAUAACAAAAUAGUGUUAGCAGUUAGUAUUAAUUGGAGAUCACUUACAAUAGAUUGCUUAUACAAAUAAUCUAUUUUCUUCAAGCAGAGGCUUUGGCUUAAGUCUUUUUGAAAGAUUAGUUAGAGAAGGGAUAAGACCCUUUUUGCUGUGUCAAAACUAUAAAAUAAGUUUCCAUGUUCUUUAGUUCACCUCAAAAUAUUAUUAUAAAAAUUUAGUAUUUCCUACUCCUAAAUUAAAAGAUGAAAAGUAAAAUGGAGCAGAAGAAGAUAAAUCAUCCUUUAUGGAAGAUAUUAAUUAGAUUAUUUCUGAUAAACCUAAAAAUAACUUAGAUAAUUAUUGCUGGCCAAAUAAUUAAGUAAAGAUAAAUUUUAUACACGUUGAAGGUUUUGAGUUAAAAAAGGGAGACUCUAUAGUCAAUGUGAAAGAAUUAGAAGUUUUAAUCCAUACGAUACUUUAUCUAUUCAAAUGUAAGGCUAUUCGUAAAGAAUAAUUGUGUAUUGUAACUCCUUAUAAAACUCAAAAAUAAUUGAUAUUAAGUGAGCUUGAUUAUCACGUUAAAAAUAAUCCAUAGCUAUUCGAUCUUGAUGAAAUGGAGGCCUUGAACGUUAAAUCAUCUAUGGAUGUGAUUAAUGUUAAAACUGUAGAAGAGUUAGACAAAAGAUUUGAUUUCAUAGUUUUCAGCACUGUUAGAUCUAACAAAGAAGCAAAGUUAGGUAGUUUAAGAGAUCCACGUAGAAUAAAUGCAGUAGUUUCAAGAACAAAUGAAGCGCUUAUAAUAAUAGGAGAUGUUUUUACUUUGGAUAACGAACAAAUUUGGAGAGAAUUCAUAUAAUGGUGCAGAGAUAGAGGAUUGAUGAGUUAAUAUUUUAGUUGA